AUGAGGUUGAACGAUACUUCUGUGGCUGUGGCAAGACUUACCGCCAGAAAAGAAAUCUGCUCCAACAUCAGCGCUACGAGUGCGGCAAAGAGCCGCAAUACACACUCUGGUCGUGUGGUUCCAGAAGCGGAAGGUGCCGCGUGGUUCUGCUGCAACACCUGCGGGCGACGCUACAAGAGGAAGAGCACCUUGACCCAGCACCUGCGGAACGAGUGUAACCAAGAACCUAAGUUCGCCUGCCACCUGUGCCCGUACCGCGGCAAACGCAACACCAGCCUGCAAUCCCACAUCUACAACCGUCAUCGGGUCAAGAAGUAUAGAUUCCUUUCCUCUGGAUUUGUUUAGAAAUAAUAUUUAUGUUUUUAAAUAAACAGUGUUUUGUUAUUUU